AUGCUGGUACCCACUUAGAGGGAUGCCAGAUGAUCAGUGCAGAAUGAAGGUCCCAGGAGAAAGGCUCACGUGGUUUUCUCUGCCCCGUGACGUCACUAGCAGAUGGCAUGGGUACCAGCUCUGGCAGUUGGCAUCAAUGUCACUUUUUAGAGAUCAAUGAGAUAGUGCAGAUAUACACAGAUCUAGACUCCAGGAGACGAUGCGACAUUCAGACUGAAAAGAUUUGGAAGGCAAAAAAUGAAAACUGAUUGUUGAAUGAAAUAAAAAGCUAAGGUAACUUAAGAUUAUAGAACCAUGUUAACACUACCGUUUGAUGAGUCUGUUGUAAUGCCAGAAUCCCAGAUGUGCAGAAAGUUUUCCAGAGAAAGUGAUGACCAAAAGCAAAUGAAGAACCCCGAAAGCUUUUCGAAGCAGAUCGUGCUCCGAGGAAAGAAUAUUAAAAGAUCUCCCGGAGAGGACACAGAAAAAGAGGAGGAGGAGGAAGAGAGAGAAGAAGAGGAUGAGAAUGGCUUGCCUAGGCGAAGGGGCCUUCGGAAAAAAAAGACAAGCAAGAUAAGGAUGGAAAGGAUCAAAUUCAGGCGGCAAGAAGCCAACGCUAGAGAGAGGAACCGGAUGCAUGGCCUUAAUGAUGCCCUGGACAAUUUAAGGAAAGUGGUCCCUUGUUAUUCUAAAACACAAAAACUGUCCAAAAUAGAAACCUUAAGACUAGCUAAGAACUACAUUUGGGCUCUUUCUGAAAUCCUGCGAAUUGGCAAGAGACCCGACCUGCUCACCUUCGUCCAAAACUUGUGCAAGGGUCUGUCCCAGCCAACUACAAACUUGGUGGCGGGAUGCCUGCAGCUGAAUGCCAGAAGUUUCCUGAUGGGCCAGGCAGGGGAAGGUGCCCAUCACACUCGCUCACCCUACUCCACCUUCUACCCCCCCUACCACAGCCCUGAGCUUGGCACCCCCCCUGGGCAUGGGACUCUCGACAACUCCAAGUCCAUGAAACCCUACAAUUAUUGCAGCGCUUAUGAGUCCUUCUAUGAAAGCACUUCCCCCGAGUGUGCCAGUCCACAGUUUGAAGGUCCCUUAAGUCCUCCCCCAAUUAACUAUAAUGGGAUAUUUUCCCUGAAGCAAGAAGAAAGCUUGGACUACGGCAAAAAUUACAAUUACGGCAUGCAUUACUGUGCAGUGCCACCCAGGGGUCCCCUUGGGCAGAGCUCUAUGUUCAGGUUGCCUACAGAGAGCCACUUCCCUUACGACUUACAUCUGCGCAGCCAGUCUCUCACCAUGCAAGAUGAAUUAAAUGCAGUUUUUCAUAAUUAAUGAGGAAAAUGAAAAUAAACAGUGGUCAUUCACCUCCCCAUCUAAUUAAGAGCAAGCAGAUGCUUGGGCACUGCAUAAUUGGCACAACUCUAUUUAACGUGUUUACUAGUUCCUAAAGUGUGUUUCAACUAUUGUGGGGAUUUUCUAUGUAUUAAUAAACCCUUUUUCUGAUAAGUAUUUUCCUUUCAUUUUUUUUUGUCUGUAAACACUGUGAUAUUCUUUUUCCUCCCAGAGGUUUUUUCUGCCCUUCUUAUUUUUUCUUUUUAUCUCCCUAUUUGCUUGAUUUGUUGAGCAGUGUGUCUGAACAAUAUCGCUGAAAUAAAAGCGUACACACUGUAAAGUCAAUGUCUAUUUUGAUUGUACAGUAAUUAUACAAAUGCAUGUUAUUGAAAUCAGAUUAAUGAAAAUGAUGUAUUUAUAAUUGGUAGAAAAUAUAUAUUAUGUAUUUGAGGAGAACUGGAUUAAAAAUAUUCAAAACUUUAAAGAAAUUAUCUCAGAACUGAGAUGGGUUUGCAAUAUGCAGAGGUGAGAGUGCAGCAAUAUUGAAAGCUAUGCAAAAAAAAAAAAGCAAACAAAAAACUAGAACAGUUUUUUCGGUUGUUGUUUUUAGGUAAGCUAAGGAAAAACAGUGACUGUCACUGAGAUUAUUCAGCUUGACCUUUAGAGUGUUGCUGGCAGGGGCCACAUGCUAAUAUUUUAGAUGUUGUCGAAAUUUUGCCUCAGUUAUUUUAAUCAUAUAUAAUCAGCACUUUUUUUUUGUAUUAUUCUGACUUCAAGAUGUAAAGGUCUGUUAUAACGAUGUAUAACUGUGGUUUCUCACUACGUACUUUAUCUGCAAUUAAACAUAGAUGUUUCCACUUUUAAAAUACAUCUAUUAGCU